AAAAAAAAACCCAAGAAAAAAGAAAAAAGAAAAAACAAAAGAAAACACUCCCCUUUGUCAGACGAAACAUCAAGCACCUGGUACGCAGGGGAUAUGUCCUCGUAAAAGAAUCCUCCCUCCAGCCAUAGAUGCUCUGCAAUCUGAUUAAUAUUUGUGUGAAUAGAACGGAGCGUAGGUUGAGCUGCGGGAAUGAUAUUGCCGGUAUUUAAGCUCGGCACACUUGCGCUGAAGACACUUUGCAAACCCAUUGGGAAUCGCAUAAAGAAAGGGGCUGGCUUGCACCCCAGGUUCAGGCAAUCCAUUAUCAACAUUGCCCAGGCUAAUCAUCGGUUAACAACAACUUUGCAAAGACGUAUAUAUGGUCAUGCAACAGAUGUUGCGAUUCGUCCGCUUAAUGAAGAAAAAGCUGUUCAGGCUGCUGCAGACCUUCUAGGCGAACUCUUUGUAUUCACGGUUGCAGGUGUUGCAGUAGUUUUUGAAGUGCAAAGAAGUUCCAGAUCAGAAGCCAGAAAAGAAGAACUGCGCAAGCAGGAACUAGAGGUGAUGAGACAAAGAGAUGAGGAACUAGCCAGAGAAGUCGAGCAGCUGAAACAUAGACUGGCAGAGCUGGAGCAGCUCACCAAGGACCGGGGCCUUAGCAGUGUUUUCAGCUUUAGGCACUCCAAAGCAACCGAUAACAAAACAAAAGAUUCUCAUUCCUCUUAAGACGAUUAUGGACCAGACGAAGCCAAAUUCUGCGUUUGGAAGCUAACAUGAAACACAACACAAAGGGUCUUCUACCCAUAAUGGUAGGGUCUGUUUAUGGGUAGAAAAGAUAAUUCUUGAAUAUGAUUGGGGGAAAACGCUGUCAAUUCACAUGCCGAAAUGAUAUAUUUAAAUGAGAAUUUGACGAGUGGAUCAUCUAAUGAAUGGCACAUAUUUGGUGCUUCGAAAGUUCCAUUUGUGACUUAAAUUAUCGGCCAAGUAGUGAAAGUAUCAACUUUACCGAGAUAUUACUUCAAUAAGCUUGGCUACAGUUUGUCAAGAUAACUGAGAAGAUUUAGAGCUCAUUCACCA